UAUACCUUAAAGGAAAGAAAUAAAGAGACAUUCAAUCGUUUAUUGCGGCACUGCCAUAACUAAAUUUCUUUCACAAUGGUUAAUUCCUAAAAUCAUACAGAUAUUAUAUCUUUCUCUAUAGUUUAUUCCUAAAAUCAUACAGAAUAUCUUUAAGGUUUUAUAGUUCUGGUGGUCUGCUCAGCAGCAAAAAUGGCAGCAGCCAACGAACAAAAUCAUUUUGUUCUGGUUCAUGGGGCCUGCCACGGGGCUUGGUGUUGGUAAAAGAUCAUACCACGCCUCGAAUCCGCUGGCCACCUGGUAACAGCUCUUGACCUCUCAGCUUCAGGCAUCAACAUUAAAUCCGUCGAAGAUCUUCACACCUUUGCUGACUACUCUAAGCCUUUGCUAGAUUUUUUGGUAUCACUUCCUCCACAUGAAAAGGUUGUUCUCGUAGGCCAUAGCUUUGGAGGCUUAAGCUUGGCCCUUGCCAUGGAAAAAUUCCCAGAAAAAAUCUCUGUUGCCGUUUUCUUGACGGCUUUUAUGCCUGAUACCAUUCACCCGCCAUCAUAUGUUCUGGAAGUACAGAGCAACACAAAGAGCCCAGAAGAUGAGUUGCUAGACACUCAAUUUGCCUACCAUGGAAGCCCUGAAAGACCAUCAACUUCAAUUCUUUUCGGUCCCAAGGAUUUGGCUUCCAAGGUCUAUCAACUCUCUCCCAUUGAGGAUCUUGAGCUAGCUAAGACAUUGAUAAGGCCUGGAUCCCUGUUUGUUGAAGACUUGUCUAAGGCGAACAAAUUCACAGACAGCCGAUAUGGAUCCAUUACACGGGUUUUUAUUAUGUGCAACGAGGAUAAAAUAAUAAGAGAAGAAUUUCAACGAUGGAUGAUCAAGAACAGCGGGACGAAAAACGUGAUAGAGAUUCGUGAUGCUGAUCAUAUGGCAAUGCUUUCAAAGCCACAAGAAGUUUAUGAUUCUUUACUUAAGAUAGCACAUCAUUAUGCAAGAAGGUUAUAAUUCUUUACUUUGAGAAAGACAUCAUUAUACUUGAAUAUUUUGUUUGAAAAAUACUAUUUGUAAUCAUCUGUUAAGAAUCCGCCAGGUUCCAUAUGUUUGAAAAAUACUAUUUGUCAUUAUCCAUGAACAAUCACCAAUAGAACCUAUAUGGCAAAUAAAAAUUUAUAUGUUUACCAUUAAAAUGUUCA